CGCUCGGUGCGUAGGCUCGGUUCCGCUCCUCCGGGCAGAGCCCGCUUGCGGACUCCAGCCUGCCUGGGCAGUGGCAGGCGUCAGGAGGAGCGUUGGCGGCCCUUCUCCAGGUUCAAUCCUCGAACUCACUUGAUGACAAAUCCUGACUCCGAGUGUGUUUUGGUGCACAUAUCAGGGCUACGAUGGACCUUGUUCUCAGUGCUGCGGAUCAUUAUUUCUUCACCCCCUAUGUGUAUCCAGCCACGUGGCCUGAGGAUGACAUCUUCCGGCAGACUAUUAGUCUCCUGGUUGUAACAAAUCUUGGUGCUUAUAUCCUUUAUUUUUUCUUUGCAACACUGAGCUAUUAUUUUGUCUUUGAUCAUUCAUUAAUGAAACAUCCACAGUUUUUAAAGAAUCAAGUUUCCCGAGAGAUUAAGUACACAGUCUGGUCGUUGCCCUGGAUGAGUAUUCCUACCGUCUCACUGUUCCUGCUGGAGUUGAGAGGUUUCAGCAAACUGUAUGACAACAUAGGAGAGUUUCCCUAUGGCUGGUUUCACCUGAUCAUUAGUGUAAUAUCCUUCCUCUUCUUCACUGACAUGCUGAUCUACUUUAUUCACAGAGGCCUGCAUCAUCGAGUUUUAUACAAGCACAUACAUAAACCUCAUCACAUCUGGAAGAUUCCCACUCCAUUUGCAAGUCAUGCUUUUCACCCUGUGGAUGGCUUCGUGCAGAGUCUGCCUUACCAUAUAUACCCUUUUGUCUUUCCAUUACACAAGGUGGUUUACUUAGGCUUGUAUGUCUUGGUUAAUAUCUGGACGAUUUCCAUUCAUGAUGGUGAUUUUCGUGUCCCCCAGAUCUUAAAGCCUUUUAUUAAUGGCUCUGCUCAUCAUACAGACCAUCACAUGUUCUUUGACUAUAACUAUGGACAGUACUUCACGUUGUGGGAUAGAAUCGGAGGCUCAUUCAAAAAUCCUUCCUCCUUUGAGGGGACAGGACCACUUAAUUACGUGAAGAAGAUGACAGAAGAAAAAUCCAAAAGCCCUGCAGAAAAUGGCUGUAAAAAUGAAAAAUUAUGCAAUGGAGGCUUUUCAAAGACUGAGUAAAUAUUGCCCAAUUAUCUUAAAUAUUUUUAGUAAGGAAAAAUAAUCUACACACAGCCAAGAUACAUAGCAAGUAAAUGGUAUCAUUUAAAAAUCAGCAUUGCGUGCCCUUCUGGUGAGUGACCAUAAUGGUAGAUCAAGGGAAGAUGCUGUGAGCACCAAGAUUUUACUCUCAUGCUUAAAAUGCCAGGCAUUGAUCCAAGAGACAACUUGAGUCUUCCAGCCAGCAGAUCUGUUGUUUGUACAGCCUCAACAACAAUUUUCAGUAAGAUAGGGAAUAAACUACUGAGGGGACUAGGCUAUGUACUUUUGCCUUAAUCCACCCACAUUCAUUAAGAGAAAGUCAUCGUGCUUAACAAUACCAAGACUAAGCACCAUAACUGAGAAAUACUAACGUAAAGAUGGCUGACUCCUUGUUUUCAGAAUGAUUAAUUAUUGAGUGUUGGUAUGGUAAUGACCACUUAUAGGACUUUGUUCAAAUGGAAGCAUCAGUAUGAAAAAACCCCCAAAACUCUGAUAUAUUAGAAUCUAUGUCAGUGACUUACUAAAUAGCAGGUGUGAUAAAAUUACCAUCUUCCUAUACAUAGGCACCUUAUUCUCUGGGGACAUUGUCAAAUAGUCCAUCUUACUGAUGAAUAAAUAAGUUGGAAUUUUUAAACACCAGUUCUACCAUGCUGUAAUCCAGGUAUGAGAUUAUUUGACUUAAGGUAUUGAUGGUUAUCAUUUAAAACCAUUAUUUAAUAAGCAUAAAAAUGUGAAUCUGAAUAUUGUUAGGGAAAUGUGAUGCCUAAAUAAUAAACUUGGCAUUACUCAUUUUUAAUUAAAUUGAUGCACUGCACUUUUGAUAUAUUUCCAAGUUACAAACCUGACGUUUUUUAUAAGGAAAAUAAUUGCCAAAUAUGCCUGUUUCUGAAUACUUGUUUUAAAAUCUCAUUCUCUUGUUCUCAUCACUUUUCCCCACUGCCUCUGCAAAAAAAGACUUAGCAGAUACUUUGAUAAAGAAAUGUUGUGUGUUGUAACAUAAAUAUAUUGGGAAGAAACAUGGUCUGAAAGGUUAUUCUGUUGUGUAAAAAUCAAUAAAAGUUGAUUAUGACUGCUAUUAAAUUCUAUUAGUUAAAUGUUGCAAUAGCGCAAAAUAUUCUUCACGCGAAGUUGUAUCAACUUGAAACCACAGAGGUGGUGUGGUUUAUUAAAACUCAGCAGUGUCUAGGGAAGGGGGAAAGGCUGUCACAUCCUUAUUGGAUUGAGUAUUUCAGCAAGACACCACUGGUAAAACUUAAUGCCUGGGAUCCAGAAGAAAGCUUUUUCUAUUGUUUAAAUGCUGUCUUAGUUUAUCAGUUAGUAUUUUAUAAUGGGCAAAUGGAGCUGAGUACGUUUCACUAAUCUCACCAUCAUAGUGCUCCACUUUGCC